UCGCUGCAUGGCUCGAAGCCACUAAAAUCCCCCUCUUCCGCUCUUCUUCUCUCUCUCUCUCUCUCUCUCUCUCUCGGCCAUGGAAGCUUGACGACGGAAAACAACCCCCGAAAGAGGCCAUAGAAAAGAAGGCAGCAGAGAAAGGCGAUGGCUUUUCUUCCCAAGUUCUCCUCCCCGCCUCUCCUCCCUCUCCAAAAGCCUUCCCAGCGGCUCGUCCUCUCUCCCACCGCUCGCACUAAGCUCGACUUCCCUCCUCCUCUUCCCUCCCGUGGCGACGCCGUGCAAGAGAGGCCGCCCGCGCAUCCCCACAAGCCUCUCACCACUACGACCACCGCCGGCGGCCGCGGCGGCAACGGCAACAAGGACGACUUCUAUCUCAACCUCGGGGUCGCCGUCCGGACCCUCCGCAACGACCUCCCCUCCCUCUUCUCCAAAGACCUCAAUUACGACAUUUACCGGGAAGAUAUCACCUUGAUUGAUCCGCUCAACACUUUCCACGGCAUCGAGAACUACAGGCUCAUCUUCUGGGCGCUGAGGUUUCACGGCAGGAUUUUGUUUAGGGAGAUUGGGCUCCAGAUCUUCCGGGUCUGGCAGCCGUCGGAGAACAUAAUCCUGAUCCGGUGGGAACUGCAGGGGGUGCCGCGGGUGCCAUGGGAGGCGCAGGGGACGUUCCAGGGCACGUCGUGGUAUAAGCUGGAUAGGAAUGGGAAGAUUUACGAGCAUAAAGUUGACAACUUGGCCUUAAAUUUCCCUCAGGCACCGAUCAGGCCGGCGGCUGUGAUCGAUUUGGUGGCUGCCGCCUGUCCACCGAGUCCUAGUUUGACGUUUUCCGAUGGCAUAUUAGGGGAAAGCUUCUCGUUAGGUUCUUCCUCGUGGCUGGAGCUCUACCGGGCGGUGAGGAGUACACUGGAACAGGAAGGAAGCAGUCCGAUAGGGAUUGGGAUUGAAGGUUUGAUCACCUGUUCAUAGCGUGGGGCAUCACGAGGUGAUUAUGAAGUAUACAUGUACUGCAAAUGAGAAGCAGAGAUCCAACAAUUCUACCUGUGUACACUUUCUUAUCCAACCAGAGCAUCAUACUACCUUAUAACCAGAGAAAUAGAAGCACACAAAGUUUGCAAUACUGCCCAGUAUGGUUUAGUAUUUAUCGGUCCGACGAGUUGCCAAUACAUGAACCAAGGUAAACCAGGCACCACACCUGUUGUGAGUCGUAUAGGGCUGGUACUGCUCGAUACACCUGGUAUAGGGUGGUAUCACCCAGUACAGGAUGGUAUAGGCUCUGUACUGGGCAGUUUUAUUAAUCUUUUAGUUUUUAAGCUUUUUCAAAACUCAGUAUAUGUCGGUUCACCCAGUGUCAGUAGACCGGUACUGGACCAGCUUGAUUUGGUCCGAACCAUGAUUGGUACAGUACCUGUAUACGAAAUUGUGAACCUUGGAAGCAUUCUCACUUGGUCAUCCUUGACAGACUCAGUUCUCUUGGCACAUCCUGGUGGCACUUGCGUUCUGCUUAUUCUACAAUUCCGUCAUCGUUCUUGUCACUGUUGUUGUUUUUGUUUACCCAAAUUUUAGUUCCCAAUAGUUAUCUAGUUGUAUCAGUUGAGUAAAAAUUAUGAUGGCUCAUUGUAUUGUACCUUUAUACAAAAGCUUUGCGACAUUGUUAAACCUUUUAAGUUCUAUGAUUCGUCUAUUUUUGCAUCUGCAUUGAAAAGUGUCAGAUAUCACUCAAGAUUAAUAAUCACAAUUCUUUUUUGCUUCUUCAGAUCCCGCAUAAGGAAGUGUCAUUAACUGGAGCCGCUUACGGAUCAUGUUACGAUACACAAGAUGUAUACAGUGACAGUAGAAAUUAGAAAA